GUUCAAGUAGGCAGCAUCUCGUUGGAAAUUCGUUUUCGGUGCAUGUUUUUUGUUUACAUUUUUCAUUUUUCGAAGCUCGUCCCCACCGUCAUGGAUUCAGUUUCGAAUACUUCGCACGAAUCCUCGAGUUUUUGAUUCAAAGAGAAUAAAAACGAUUUUCGGUUUCAUAGCGGUACGAAAGGGUGGUAGAAAAUUUGUGCACGACGACACUGAAAAUGGUCAUCGAUGAGGAUGGUAAACCCAAUCUGGGCUUCGUGGGCGACGAUGGACUCACGGGGAUCGAUCUCAGCAUCGGCAAAGAUGAAAGGAAGGCUUAUAACUUUGCUUAUGGAGGGGAGGAAGACCGGAAAGUCGAAACGACAGUCUCGCCCGAAGCGAUGAGCGUAGCCGAAGGGGCGGAAGAGGAUCGACCGACGUGGGGCAACGGAAUAGAAUUCCUGAUGUCCUGUAUCGCGAUGUCUAUCGGACUAGGAAACGUGUGGCGUUUCCCGUUCACGGCUUACGAGAACGGCGGCGGUGCGUUUCUCAUACCGUACAUAAUCGUGUUGUUUCUCGUGGGAAAACCGUUCUAUUAUCUGGAAAUGAUAUUGGGCCAAUUUACGAGUAAAUCAUCGGUGAAGAUGUGGGCAAUGAAUCCGGGUUUUCGGGGGGUCGGUUGGGCCCAAAUGUUCUCGAUGUUGUCGGUCGGGACGUAUUAUUGUUCUCUCAUGUCGGUCACGCUGUUCUAUCUGAUCAGUAGCUUCAAGUCGGAGCUUCCUUGGUCGAGUUGUCUCCCGGAGUGGGGUGACAGGUGCUUCAAUUCCGGUAAAACGGACGAUGACAACCUCACGUUUUCGAGCAACGGUAGCAGCUUGAGAAAGAGUUCAGCGGAGCUCUAUUUCACGAAAACUGUGCUGAAUGAAAAAUCGAACAUCGACGACGGCCUCGGGUGGCCGGACUGGCGAUUGACGCUCUGCUUGUUCUGCGCCUGGGCCUGCAUAUUUGGAGUGCUGGCCCGAGGGGUUAAAAGCUCCGGAAAAGCGGCCUACUUCCUGGCCCUCUUUCCGUACGUCAUCAUGACGGCGCUCCUCGUGCGAGCCGUCACUCUCGAGGGCGCUGUAAACGGAAUAAUUUUCUUCAUUAAACCGAAUUGGGAGAAACUUUUCGAGCCGGGCGUUUGGUACAACGCCGUGACCCAAUGCUUCUUCUCGCUCUCCGUUUGCUUCGGCGGAGUCGUCAUGUACUCCUCGUACAACGACUUCGAGCACAAUAUUUACAGAGACGCCAUGGUCGUCACUACGCUCGAUACUUUCACUAGCUUGAUGUCGGGCUUCACGAUUUUUGGUAUUCUCGGGAAUCUGGCCCACGAAAUGGGCACCGAUGACAUAAGCACCGUCGUCCGCAGCGGUACUGGCCUCGCUUUUAUCUCUUAUCCAGACGCCAUUUCAAAAUUCACGGUUUUGCCACAAGUGAGUGGGCUUUUCGAACGAUUUAUUCGCUCGUUCAGUCGUCGCUUCAUUUUCACUGUCGGUUUUUUCAAUACUUUUUUUCCUCAUGUUGUACGUCCUCGGUAUCGGGAGUGCGAUAGCCCUGGCAGGUGGGAUAAUCACAAUAAUCAGCGAUCAGUUUCCAUCCUGGAAGCACUGGCACGUCGUCCUCGGAGUUUCUCUCUUCGGUUUCAUCGUCGGAAGUGUUUACUGCACGCCGGGCGGUCAAUUCGUUCUCGGCCUCGUAGAUUUUUACGCCGGCUCUUUCAUCGUUUUUGUUCUCGCCAUCAUGGAGAUUUCCGGUAUAUUUUGGGUGUACGGAUUGGAAAAUUUUCUCGACGACGUCGAGUUCAUGCUGCAGCGCCGACCCACCGCCUACUGGCGCAUUUGCUGGGGCCUCAUCACACCCAUUCUACUCGUUGCUAUUCUCGUAUACACGAUCGCUACACUCACGCCGUUGACUUACGCCGGCGUCAGUUAUCCCGAGAGCGCUCACGUCGUCGGUUGGACGCUUUUUGCGUUCGGAGUCCUUCAAAUACCAUUUUGGAUGGGUUACUCGAUCCUCGAAAGGAGAGAUUUGGGUCUGAGCAAGAUGUUCCAGUCAGCGUUCUUACCGCUGCCGAGUUGGGGGCCGCGAAAUCCUUCGAGACACGCAGCUUGGACUCGAUUCAAAGAGACGAUGAAGAAGAAAAGGGAAAAACGCACGAGCUCCAGAAUGAAGCAGUUCUUUGCCGUGAUGAUAGGACGAGAGGAAAAAUUGAUGUGAAAAAUCAAUGGAUCGCGUCCUCGAAAAAAUUCAUUCCCAACUACCUCCGGCUAUUGCCAACCUAAUUAUAAAUACAACGUGAAAAAAAAAAACAACUUGUAAAUAGUUUCGGACACCGCGUGGAUCGUGGAUGCCUGUUUUUGCGAAUUUUAACCACCGAAGUGAUUCGAGAAACGAGAUCGAAGCAGUAGAGGAAUUUUUCGAUGAAUUCUCGACAAUUUUUAUCUCAAGAUUUCUACUAAAAUGCCCAACAGACGAAAAGAAACUUAAAAUUAUUCAAUUUUUUCUUUUGUUUUUCAGUAUUGAUGAAGCAAAAAAGAAACCAGUUGAGUUGAAGCUCAGAACGAGAAUUACAGAGUUACGCUCCUCAGUAUUAUGCAUCAAUGACAAUAUUUAAAUAGAACUGUAAGUGCGACAAUAUACUGUGAUUUGUCAGUGAAUUUAAUCGAUAGAUCGUAGCCGUCAUCUUAGGCCAAAGUAUUCUCUCACCGACCAACACAUUUUAUUUAUAGCAACGAGAUUUAUUGACAAACGAUUAUUUGUCCUUUUCUUAAGACUACUGACACAAUUGAACGAUGAAAAUUUCUGUUCUCACGAUUGGAAACAAUCUUGACGAAUAUCAGUCCGACGUUCGACUAUUUUUCGUUCUUUUAGAAUUUUAUUCUUCUUCCGGUUCAUCGUAUUCGCCGUAAUCGACGUUGGUCUCACUCGUUUUUUCCUCCACAUCGUCCUCCAAUAAUUCCGAAUGCAAAUCCUUCCCCUGAACAACAUUAAUAACAGUAAUUGCGUUGAAUAAUGCAAAUCGAUUAUUACGAAUCAGUCGCUUCAAUUUAUGUACAUAAAUAUGUUUAUUUUACAUUUAUCAUGUAAAGCGAGAACGUUUAACGGAUCAAUAAAAUUAAUUGCAUCAUUA